GAGGUCAGCAAGUGGUGGCCUGAUUAAGAUUGCUACCAACACUUGGUGGUUCAUCUCUAGUUGGUAAUGGCGAGAAUGAAGUUCCCAAGGCGUUAUGUCAUAGUCCUGCUGACAUUCAUCUGCACUAAUGUCUGUUACAUUGAACGUGUGGGUUUCUCUAUUGCUUAUACCGUAGCAGCUGAUGCAAUUGAUGUGAAUCAAGCAAACAAGGGCAUGAUACUAUCCAUGUUUUAUUAUGGGUAUGUUUUGUCACAAAUUCCUGGUGGAUGGGCAGCUCAGAGAUUGGGAGGUAGACGUGUUCUGCUGCUGUCGUUCAUGUUGUGGUCUUUGAUAUGUGGUCUAAUUCCACUGGACCCCAACAGAGUAGUCAUGCUGGUCCUUUCUCGCCUUUUUGUUGGUGUAGCACAAGGUUUCAUAUUUCCUGCUAUUCACACUGUUCUGGCUCAAUGGGUGCCACCGCAGGAGCGCUCUCGCUCAGUUUCUUUAACAACCUCAGGGAUGUACCUCGGUGCAGCUGGUGGCAUGCUGUUUUUUCCAAGUCUGGUGAAGCACAUGGGACCCCAAUCUGUUUUCUUUGUUGAAGCGGUACUUGGAGUUGCAUGGUCUGUAAUUUGGUUCAAGUUUUCCAGAGAGACACCUCGCACUGACCUUCCAAAAGUGUCAAUGCCAAAGGUAGCGUCUCGAGAGAAGACUAAGGCGCAAUCUGGAGGGGUUGUCGCACCUCGUACUGUAAAGAUACCAUGGCGAAGGAUUAUCUUCAGUCUACCUGUUUGGGCAAUUGUCGUGAACAACUUCACUUUCCACUAUGCCUUGUAUGUUAUCAUGAACUGGCUGCCUACUUAUUUCGAACUAGCCCUUAAGCUUAGCCUCCAGGACAUGGGAUCCUCAAAGAUGCUUCCCUAUUUCAACAUGUUUAUUUUCUCUAAUAUUGGUGGAGUGGUUGCUGAUCACUUGAUUACAAAAAGGAUUUUAUCAGUUACCAAGACAAGGAAGCUCCUGAACACCAUUGGGUUUGUUGUUGCGGCUGUUGCACUUAUGGCCCUUCCUUCAUUUGGGACGCCCUCAGGGACUGUGAUGUGUUCAUCGGUAUCUCUUGGUUUUCUGGCUCUGGGAAGAGCAGGGUUUGCGGUGAAUCAUAUGGAUGUUGCUCCAAAAUUUGCCGGCAUAGUGAUGGGGGUUUCAAAUACAGCCGGGACAUUAGCUGGGAUAGUUGGUGUUGGCCUCACGGGAAAUAUUCUGGAGGCUUCAAAGGCAUCUAACAUGGAUCUAACAAGCUCCGAGACAUGGAAAACAGUCUUCUUUGUUCCGGGAUACCUCUGUAUUUUUAGUUCAGUCAUUUUCUUGAUUUUCUCAACUGGUGAGAAGAUUUUCGAAUAGAGGGUGGUUAUAUUUGCCUCUUCUUUUCUUCUC